AUGGGUGUUCUGACGUCACGCUGGCUAACUCGAAGCACCCGACUAAAUAAUGGGAUUAUGGGGGUACCAUCAUUGUUUCUAAGCGCGAUUUCGAGUAUCACAUUAUUUGCUCAAUAUCGCAAGACAUCUUUUCGAUCGUCUAAGGUUCUGGGCAUGAUCCAGCUGCCAAGCAACACUAAUCGUGCUUGGACGACCGCCAAGUACCAGUACAAUUUUGCUCCUCGAGGACGAGGAAAUGUCCUCCUUGGUGGAGUAAUAAUCGAUUUCAAGUUUCUCAUUUUCAUUUUGCUCGCUCUGGUAGCCGUCGGGAUGGCGCUUACAUUAUGGUCGCUCGCCUUGUACAGGAAAAAGGGUAUGCAGAAGCGUCACCUUUCCGAUUGGUGUGUACUCGCACCAACUCCUGUACCAUACUCGGCUGGGAUCUUGUGGCCCUCCACCAGUAUGAGCGUACAAUGGACCGUAAACUUCUUCUGCAUCCGAGAUCAGCAGUAUUUUCAACUCAAACAUAAGUUAUACCGCCUUCUUUCACAAACGUCGCGGUUCCUACGAUGGAGUAGUGUCGACGGAGGAAUUGCUCCAUUAGUCUUCACCGCUUACUUGCAAAAUCAAUCGACUACGCCGGAUCGGGCUUCUUAUGGUGGUAGUAAAGCGACUUCAUUUCGGUACAUUCAGCAUCAGAUGAAGUGUCUUCGUGGACGUUCGGACGAGGUCGAGGCCAACGUGGCGUUCGUUAACGCCGCGGUCAUGAGCGAUCCGCUCGUGUACUUGCGCAUGAUAUUUGGGAAUGGUGCCUCGACAGAUUUGGCCCACUAUCAGUCACUCUUGCGGCCCAAUCGGGUUGUUCUCUUACCUGUCGUGGUAGUCGGUGAGCACAAUGAGUACACUGCUGGGCUUCGGAUGCUCCGCCGGGUUAGAGCAACAGAACUUUCAUGGCCAGAACUUGUGCAAUGCGGUUGA